CACACACAGAGUCCACAGAGUGGUCCGGCAUGGAGGUGCAGCCCCUCACUCUCAGCAGCUAAGUUGGAGCAGCCUGGUGGAGUGCUGCGGCGGGCUGGAUGGAGAACCGGUGGACUGACAGCAUCAUUGUGCUCUGACUGGAGCAGCUGACUGAGCCUCAACAUGGAGUUUGGAAGAGUUUGGUCCAGAUAUCAGCGGACGGUGCUGAUCACCGUGAUGAUGUUCAAACUGGGUCUUUUGUGCACAGUGGCAGCAGACAGCUGUCUCUCAGCUCCCUGUAACAAUGGUGCCACAUGUCUGGACCACCUUGGCAAUUAUGUGUGCCUGUGCCCCAAAGGACCAGUGUGGUACAUGGGUAAGAACUGCGAUGAGCUGUAUGAUCCCUGUAUCAUGGCUCCUUGUACCAACUGUACCAGCAAACCUGGGACCGAUGAGUUCACCUGCCACUGCCCGAGCGGCUUCACGGGACUCAACUGCACCCAGGAUGUAGAUGAGUGUCACAGCAGCCCCUGCAAUGGCACCAAGUCCCUCUGUGUCAACAGGAUCAACAGAUAUUCCUGCCACUGUCCCAUCGGAUCAGGGGGGGACAACUGCCAGGACAAUGUGACCACUUGUUCAGAGGACACUUGCCAGAAUGGAGGCACCUGUAUGGACAUCCCUGACACUGGGCCCCAGUGCCAGUGUGCUGCCGGGUACCAGGGGCCCAACUGUGAGGAGAACAUAGAUGAGUGUGAGUCCGAGCCCUGUCAAAACGGAGCCAUCUGUAAAGACGGGGUCAACGCCUACCAGUGUUUCUGUGUGCCCGGGUUUCAAGGCUCCCACUGUGAGCUGGACAUCAACGAGUGCGCCUCCCGGCCCUGUCAGAACAACGGCACCUGUGUGGAUGAGGUGGAUCACUACAGGUGUGACUGUGCUCCAGGCUUCAAAGGGAUUAACUGCGAGGUGGAGAUUGAUGAGUGUGAGGUGGAGCCCUGUCAGAACGGCGCCACCUGCCGAGACUACGUCGCCGCAUACAAGUGUGAGUGCGUGGUCGGCUUUCAGGGCCGAGACUGCGAGGUCAACAUCGACGAGUGUGCCAGCGCGCCCUGUCUCAAUGAGGGCAGGUGCAUAGACAGAGUCAACAGCUAUGACUGCGACUGUGAGGGGACAGGCUUUGUCGGCGACCACUGCGAGGAAGAUAUUCCUGAAUGUGCAUCUGACCCCUGCAAACAUGGAGCCACCUGCCUGGAGGGAAUCAACCAGUACAAGUGUCUUUGCUGGCCAGGUUAUGAGGGAGAUAACUGCGAGGUGGAUGUAGACGAGUGUGAGCGCCUUCCCUGUGAGAACGGUGGCAAGUGUUUCCAGCGAUCAGAUGUCCUGAACUACGAGAUACUUCAUGAACUCAACACAACCAAUUUCACAUAUGAAGGAGCGGCUGGCUUCAUCUGCCACUGUCUGCCCGGGUUCACCGGAGACAACUGCUCAGUCAACGUGGAUGAGUGUGAGGUUGCUCCGUGUCAACAUGGAGGAAGCUGCCAGGAUCUGAUCAACUCUUAUCAGUGUGUGUGUCCGAGUGGCUUCACAGGCGUCCACUGCGAGGUGGACAUCAACGAGUGCGACAGCCAUCCCUGCCAGAACGGCGCCUCGUGUGAAGAUGCCGCCAACGCCUAUAGGUGUCACUGCCCGCCACCAGAGCCCGACCAGGAGCCGUGGGGUGGGCGAGACUGUGACGUCCGCCUGGUUGGCUGCCAGCAGCACCAGUGCCAGCACGAAGCAGGUUGUGUCCCCAUGUUGACGGACGAUGGGGAGCAGAGCUACGCCUGCCUGUGUCCGCCCGGCUGGAGCGGAGAACGCUGCAACACCUCCACCACCUUCUCCUUUAACUCAGAGGGCUACAUCCACAUGCAGCUGCCUGUUUCCAAAAACAGGACGAGGAGAGAGGCUGAUGACCACGGGCUCCACAUGCAGCUCCGCUUCAAGAGCACUCUGCCUGACAUGGUGCUGUACUACCGGGGAACCGUGGAGCAGUUCGUCUCCCUGGAGCUCGUCAGUGGCUCCCUCCAGGCCUGGGUGAAGGCGGGGAAGGUUCUGCAUGUUGUUUACCCUGAACCGGUCAAUGACGGAGAAUGGCACCAGGUCUCUGUGACCAUGGACGAGAGGCUGGUUCUGUCUAUAAAAGGACCCGGCUGUGAGGAAGGGUGUCGAGUGAAGAACGAGGGCCACAACCAUCUGAUCUUCCUCCAGCCCAGCUCCUUUCAGCAGCUGUAUGUGGGAGGGGCUCCGAAAGAGUAUUUAGCCCAUACGACCAGUGGGAGGGGCUUUGUCGGCUGUAUGGAAGACCUUUAUGUUGACCGUAAGCUGCUUCUGCCUCAAGACCUCAUCAGAGAGGACAACCACGGCCUGGAACUGGGAUGCACCAAAACAGACUGGUGUCAGGAGGACCCCUGCCUGCAGCGAGGCCGGUGUGUGGACAUGUGGGUUCGUGCCAGCUGUCAGUGUCAGCGGCCCUUCUAUGGCGAGAGCUGUGAGAGAGAGUACCCGUCCUGGACCUUCGGCCAUGAGAACACCAGCAGCUACUCUGCCUACAACAUCUUGGAAAGCCAUGGAAACAACUUCAGCAUUUCCUUUUUGAUGCGCUCCCUCAAACACAACGGUCUGCUUCUGCAGCUCAGUCGAGACGGGGACCCCUAUCUGACCAUCUACCUGAAGGAAGGCACUGUGGCGAUCUACAGCCCUCACACCACACUGCUGUCGGAGGCCACGUUCGUCACUGAUGGCAACAAUAAUCUGGUGACUGUUAAGGUGCACAAUGGCCAUGUGGUCUUCCCCAAAGCAGGGAACCACCGUGCCUUAGGGAACGUGAGUGUCGAGGCAGGGGAUGUGGCGUAUGUUGGAGCGCUCCCUGUGGGAAACAGCAUGAAUGCCUGGGGUGGAAACUUCAAGGGCUGCCUGCAGGACGUCCGGCUGGACCACAAGCAUUUGACCAUGGAGGAUUAUCCAGAGACAGUGGAGGUUUACCAGGCAAGCACACAGGAGAACGUGCUGCCAGGAUGUCACAGUGAUGACACCUGCAAGGAUGAGCCCUGUUUCAAUGGUGGACAGUGUCAGGUCACCUGGAAUGACUUCAAGUGUGACUGCUCCAUUAACUACUCAGGCCGACUGUGUGAGACACGCCUGUGGUGCGUGGACAACCCGUGUUUUGAUGGCGUGCGCUGUGUGGACCUGCAGGACGGUUAUGAAUGUCUAACAGAAGCCAUUUUCCAGGACAACUCUCUGCAGUAUUUUGCCAACAGCUCCCUGCUGAGCCCGGUGACCACAAUCACCAUGGACAUACGGACACGGGACGAGAACGGGAUCCUGCUGCGGGCCGCCGGCAGAGCUGAGGUCUUCUGCCUGGGUCUUCUCAACUCCUCCCUGCUGGUCAAACUGGACAGCGGGGUGAGCUCAGAGCUGCUGGCCUUCACAAGUGACAGGACAGUUGCAGACGGGGUGUGGCACCACGUCCAGCUGACUAUGGUUGACCCCGCACAGUCAGCGUCCCGCUGGCACCUCACUGUGGAUGGCCAGAGAGUGGGUGGCAGCUUCGGCGUUGGCGGCAACCUCAACUUCCUGAAUGAUACAAAAAUCUGGCUGGCUGAGAAAUACACUGGGUGUUUAGGGGAGGUCAGAGUGGGUGGAGUCUACCUGCCACUCAUUAGAGUACCAGAGGCCCCUCAGGUGAGCUGGUUCUCCAGACUGGGUGGACAUGAGCCAAUCAUAGGAUGUCAAGGUGCACCGAUCUGUGACUCCCAGCCCUGCCUCAACCAGGGUGAAUGUCUGGACCAGUUUUAUGAGUUCAACUGCAGCUGCAGCUCCGGAUGGGAGGGGGAGCUGUGUGAGACGGAGAUAAACGAGUGCUCCUCAGGUCCAUGUGUCUAUGGGACCUGUAAAGACCUCCUGGCAGAUUACCAGUGUGACUGUGAGCCUGGAUACACAGGGAAGGACUGUCAGGAGGAGCUGGACAACUGUCUGGAGUUCAGCUGUGUGAACGGAGGAAGCUGCCUGGAGAUGGUGGGAACUCACACGUGCUUAUGUCCUCCUGGAUAUGUCGGCAAGCGCUGCCAGUGGCGUUUCCCUCCAGUGGCAUGUGAUGCAAAGACAGAGUGUCUUAAUGGAGGGAUCUGUAUAGGAGGCAACUCUGGAGGAAACUGCACCUGCAAGCCUGGAUACACCGGUGCCAGGUGCGAGACAGAAAUAGACGAGUGCGAGUCCAGCCCUUGUCUCAACGGUGCCACCUGUCUGGACAGACUCAACCACUUCCUGUGUGUGUGUGUGCCGGGCUUCAGCGGCGCGUUGUGUGAGAGCAACAAAGAGGAGCAUAAGGAGCGGGUUCCCUGGCUUGCGGUGACCAUCCCUCUGACCACGCUCUGUGUGUUACUGGCCAUCCUGGUGGUGUUCUUCCUCAUCAUGACAGCGCGGAAGAAGCGUCAGUCGGAGGGCACGUACAGUCCCAGCUCACAGGAGGUCGCUGGUGCCAGGCUGGAGAUGGGCAGUGUCCUAAAAGUUCCCCCAGAGGAGAGGCUGAUCUGAGCACUGCAGCCCUGCCUCACAGCCUCACACCCAGUGGGUGUAUCUGUCUAUAGGGCCUAGAGAACACCUGCUCUGCAGUGUCAUACUAUGGGCUCUCCCUCCCUGCAGGGAAACGAUGAAGGAAAAGGUAAUGAUUUACUCUCUGCCUGGAAAAACUACUGACAUUGAAGCCUCAGAGGUGGACAGGUAAAGACCAGAGGCUCUCACCUGUGAGGGGGAGUGGGGUCAAAGUAUCUGACCCUCAAUGUCCCUUAAGUGACGACGACAAUACGACGCUUCAUUUGUAUGGGACCAAAAUCCAAUGAGGACUGUACUGAGGAGAAGCACCAAUCCUGUGGGCACUGAGCGAUGUAGCCUGUUCACACAGACUGAAAAUCACUGACUACUGUUCAGCCACGUAAGGGCAAGUAAUUCAUCAUUUAUGGUUUAGCCUUAUUUGAAUUCAAAGCCGUCCUCUGCAGAUUCCACAUCUGACUGUUUGGGCAAGACAAGGGUGAAAAGGAAACUGCAGAGGGAGAAAAAUAUAUCUGAAACUAAUUCUGUCAAAUUCCAUUUUAAUUUGCAUGAGAAUAAAGUACAUAAUAUUAUCAGGGGAACCUUUUCUACACCAGUAUGUUCAUUGUAGGAGUAUUAGUUACAUACAAGGGGUGUCUGGUUGAGACAGAAACUAAUUUAAAUUCUGUCUUUAUCUUGUUAGAGUUCCCUUGGUGAUGCUGAUCCCGCAUGACUUCAUCUGUUCUGCCAUUAUGGGUUUUGCAACUUGAUUUUUAUCUCCUUCCACAGCAAAUUUGUGAUUUGAACUUUUUGGUCUGAAGGAAUGUACAGUCUGUUUUUCUUUGCUGAAUGAGAAUUUUUUUUUUAUUUGUACAUAUUGUCUUGAGCACUGGUUCUUAAUAAUGAUGUCCAUUGCUGUAUUAUAUUGUCAAUGUGCACUGUAUGGCUAACAGGCUAACCACUUUACCCACUUUUUUGUUACUAAGUAUCCCAUGAGUGUUUUAUCCAUGUCUUUGUGUCGUGUAUUUUGUGUUACAAAAGUUCAAGUCACUGUAUUUUCUUUUUUUUUAUCUUCAACGGAAACUACAUUUAAUUGUAGAACUCUUUUUGUCCUGGUCAAAGUCAAUCACAUCAGUAUUUGUGGACAUAAAAUGUCCACCUGGAUUGGAGCUAAUUUAAUGGAAUAAUUCAACAGUUUUUAUUGAAUUCUUUGCAAGACAGAGAUAAGAAGAUCUAAACAUAUCUCUGACAGUGUUAAAUACAGACUUGGAAGCAGUUAUAGUUAGCCUAGCUUCACAUAAAAACUGAACACAGGGGGAGCAAACAUCAACCUCCGAGGCUGAAAAAUGAAGCAUGAACACUGAAGUAUUAAAAGCUGCAGUUCCUCUAAUGACCACCAGAGUCUUCUCCAACAGUGAGUCAGUCCCCAUAGACUCCCAUGUUAAAAUGUCCAACUUUGCAGCAGAAAUAAACAUGUUUACAGCCUGGUACAAAAACAGUUUUGGUCUCUAGAGCUAAUUUCCUCCUUCAUGACAACUGUUUAUAUAACUCACCUGUUUACAUUUUAUUAAAGCUAUGGAGAAUUGAAGGCGUGGCCUCUCUGAGUGACAGGUUGGUGAGCUUAUGCUUGCUACAAACCAGUAUCUACCGAAGUCUCAGUUCCACACACUCCCCUCCUCUUUGACCACUUUUAGAAUAGCUCGGAGUUAGGGGUUUAGUCAGGCGCUGCCAAGAUGGUGACAGUAGAGCAGCUCAGUGUGAGCUUUAAAACCACUCUUCAGAAAACCUGUGGGUGAUGUCGCAGAGGGUGAUGUCGAUUCGAUACCCAGACCUGGUUCAGAGUGAUAAACAGACACAUGCCAACAUCUCUGAAGCUCACUUCUCAACUCUUUUAAUCUGCACACAAACAAAUUUAUAAAUGAGUUAAUGACUAUUUGUAAUUAUAGGGGAACUAUUUCUUGGCAAAAAGCAUACUUUUGAACUUUGGACAGAGCCAGGCUAACUGUUUUGCCAUGCUUUCAGUCUUUGUGCUAAGCUAGGCUAACCAUGUCUUGACUGUACCUCAUAAAAAAUAAAGAUAUUGUUUUAUAUGUAAAAACUAUCAUCUUAUGUAGCUGCUCCAGAUAAACCUACUUUUUAUCCUUGAGAUACUGUUUCACAAAUACUGAUCAGACUGACCUUGACCUUAAUAGAAACAUAAAGGAUUCUUCAUUUGAGUUAAGAAACCUUAAACUGAGACUUAGCCCUUAAAGUCUCACGUCUGUACUCACUUGCCUUUCACUCUGUACUCACCAGUGCUGCUGCCUUUACCUUACCAGUUAACCAGUUAACUAGGAUGCUUUCACAGUUAACGAAAGAUGCUGAUCUGAUACAAGUUCAGACUGACACACUGUAGAAGUUUAUGAAAGGGAAGUUACAUGCAAGUUACAGCUGGAUAUGAAAUAAUUUAUACUGGUCAAUUACAGAAGCUGAGAAAGGCCAUAUUUGCAAAUAUUUUUUAACCGUGCUAACUCAAAAUAACAUAAUGUAGUUUUCUUGAGAUAACAGGAUAAUUACCUUGUUAUCUUGAGAUAAUUAUUCUGUGAUCUUGGCAUAACAAAGCUCCAUUAUCUCAAGAUAACGUGGUAAUUAUUCCAUUAUCUCGAGAUAAUGGAGCUCUGUUAUAAAAGGAUAAAAAAUGAUCUAUGAAUAUGGCCUUUCUCGGCUUCUGUAGUCAGCACUAUUGAAUGUAGUGUCACAUCUAAUUUUAAAUGCGUAACAUGCAGGAUUCUGAUCAUGAUCUGUGGAGUCAUUUGUGCUUUUGUGUUGGUCACCAAUUAUUUACUUAUUACUUUUAAAGUUUACAUUGUCUUUAUUUCAUCUGACCAAGUUCAACAGACCCGAUGUUGCUCACAUGUAGCCCAGAUUAGUUGCACUAUAUGGCCAAAAGUAUGUGGACACCACUGUCCACAUGUUGAUGUGAAUUUGUGCUGAUUUUGCUUUCAAGUUUGAGGUAACAUUAUGUAUUUGUCCUUUUCCUGUGUCAGUGUGACAGUGUGCACAAAACAAGGUCCAUAAAGAAUUGAGUUUCUCAGUUUGGGCUGGGAGAAUGUGAGAACCCUGCCCUCACAGUGCCCAUCCAACACCUUUGGGAUGAACUGGAACACCUACUGUGAGCCAGACCUGAUCAUCUAAUAUCACUUGUGCUCUUGUGGCUAAAUGGGAUCGAAUGCAGCCAGGUUUAACAUGUGGAGGUCGUUAUAGCUGAACAUAACUGCCCAUGGUUUUGAAAUGAGAGAUUCAUGAGUUAGAUAUGGGUGUAAUGUUCUGAUGUCCACAUACUUCUAGCCAUAAAGUGUUUGUUAAGAGGUCAAGAGUUUAAAAUUAUAUACAUUAUAUAUUUCUCUGUGUUUUUGGGCCAAAAUCUACUAGAGGACAGGAUCCUGUAAGGGUUCACUGACAACCCGAAAUUCAGUCUUGCUUGUACCUAUUGCAGAGGACAAUAUGGCUGUAAGUUAGGCUUAUGUUUCACGAUUGGCAGAGAGACCCAUACCUUUAUUUGGGACAGGUUUAUAUUAGUGAUAGGCUUUCUUAUUUCCCCUGCCUCAAACUCAAAACUUCUUCCAUAUUUACCUGUUGUCGUUAGAAAGUCAAUGUAAUGUCCAUUCCCACAGCAAGGAGUCAUGUCAGGUGUUCCACUUUGCCUUUUUCUCUGAAUGAUGUUAACAGAGAGGCAGUUGUUGUAAUGAGGGAAUUAGUGCUAUAGUUUGCUACGAGGUUUACCAUGUGAGCUACUGUAGUAGGUUACAGGUGAUUCCACCCCUCUUUUGUUCCUGCAGACUCAACCAUUAUUUGAACACUGACACAUAAGAUAAUUUACUGUAUGUCAAUCUCAGGUCUCUAUUGCUAAAGAUGAUGGAAAGACAACAUGCAUGAGUCUCCACACAUUCAGAUAAGUGGUUGUUUCUGGUUAUGAUUAGUAAGGAUGUUGCUGCUUCUCCCAACAUAUUACAGCUGCGUCUCUCACUGUGGCUUCAUGUAGCUUUAAAUUGAGAUCAGAAAUCACUUACAGCUCCUUUAAAAUGACGACAAGGGAUGUACAGGUAUGUGCACAAUGAGAGAGUAUGUACCUUCAUGUUCUCCUGCAUCAAUGAAACCCAAGCAUCCUGUCAUUGCUCAGAUAUUAAAAUGCUAUUCAGCGCAUCGUGGUAGAUUUACUAUACAAUGUUAUAUGAUGCUGUAACUUAGAGACCAGAUCAUGCGAGCAGGACGGAUGAAUAUCGCAGCUAUGUACAGAAUGAUUUUACACUGGAGUUGUUUCUACUGUAGCUGUACCGUGUACAGUUCACUGUGGAUCAGUGCAUGAGGAGUUCUAUUCCAAAAUAUUACACUUCAGGAAAUAGUAAUUGUUCAAUUCUAGAUUUCGAAAUUUCCAGAAUUCACUAACUAACACUCAUAAAUCAAAAUGUCCUUUGUAAAUAUUGAGAGCCAGUUUCCAUGUUCUCUCAUUUUGGAAUAUAACUUGUCAUUUGUGCUGGGAGCCCUUGUCUCUAUGAGGAGGAUUUUAUGAUUUGUCUGUAAAGUAAGAUGUGUACUUUCAAUCAAAGUGGAUAGUUACACUGUAAUUAUGUGUAUAUUGUGAGAAAUGGCGCUCAAAAAUGUUAGAUAUGAAAUGUGUUUUUAACAGUGUUCAAUGGAAAAUAAAACACAAAGGAAAUAAAUAAG